AUGCUAGGACCAUACUGCCACUAUCUCAUGUCACUGGGUCAUGAUAUUUUUCUUCACAUUUCUCUUUCAUUUCAUAUUUUCAUUAAACUCUUCUCUGCAUUUUUCUUUUCUUUGUGCAGGCAUUUUUCAUAUUUUAUAAAUCCUUUCCUACCUUUACUGUGUCUUCAUACAUUCAUUUUUUUGUGUUCUUUUCCUUUUUAUUCACUUUUUUACCUUUCUUUCUUUUCUUCUUGUUCACUUUUUUUGCCUUCUUUCUUUCCUUUUUGCUCACUUUUUAUGCCUUUUUAUUUUCCUUUGUUCUCACUUUUUUCACUGCCUUUCUUUUCCUUUUUGUUUACUUUUUGCUUUCUUUCUUUUUCUUCACUUUUUGCUUUCUUUCUUUUUUCUCUUGUUCACUUUUUGCAUUCUUUCUUUACCUUUUCAUUCACUUUUUAUACCUGUUUUCUUUUCCUUUUUGUUCAUUUUUUCUUUCUUUCUUUUCAUCUUUGUUCAUUUUUUACCUUCUUUCUUUCUUUUUUGUUUAUUAUCUUUCUACUUGCUUUAUUCUACUGUUCCUUCAAUGUGAUCAUCAUUCUUCUUAGCAAGAGAAAUUUCUUCUCAUUCAGUGAUUUCUUUUCUUUUGCCUUUCUCUCAUCUUUUUCUCUUCUCCUUUUAUAUCAUUCUUUGUUGUCGCUUGAAACUUUCUCAUUUCUUUUGCAUUUUCUUUUGUCUGCAUCAGUUCCUUUACACAAUUCUUCCCUCUUGGCAACCGAAUCUUAUUGGCAUCUGGCCUAA